AUGCCUUCUGUUGCGGUUACGGGCGCCGCUCGCGGCCUGGGCUACCAGUUCCUCCAAUACUUCGCCGCCAAACCAGAUUACCAGGUCUUCGGCCUCGUCCGCCGCAACAAAGCCGACACAGACGCCAAGCUGAGCAAAGACGGCAUCACCAAUGUCACCAUCAUUGAAGCCGACAUCACGGACGCCCCAGCGCUCGAGAAAGCUGCUGAGCAAGUCUCCCAAGCCGCAGGCGGGAAGCUGGACCUCCUCAUUAACAACGCCGCCAUUCUGGGAGAGCGCAGCCGCUGGAAGCCCAUGGCCGACAUGUCCGCCUCCUUCCUCGACGAAGAGAUGACCGCCUGCUUCCGCACCAACGUCAUCGGCGUGGCCUUCGCGACCAACGCCUUCUUGCCUCUGAUCAAGGCCGGCCAGCAGAAGAAAGUCAUCACCCUCGCCACUGGGCUAGCUGACGUCGAACUGACGAACCAACUCUCAGCCGUCGCUGGCGGUCCGUAUUCCAUCAGCAAGGCCGCUACCAAUAUGUUGGUGGCCAAGUACAACGCCGCCUACGGCGCGAGUGAGGGGAUCCUCUUCCUUGCUCUGUCGCCGGGGUUGGUGGAUACGGACAUGAAUGCGAGUGGUCCGAAGGACGAGGAAGCGAUCAAGGGGGAGCAGGCAAUGGUGGCGGCUUUCAUGAAGUUUGCGCCGGACUUCAAGGGCCCGAUUACGCCGGAGGAGAGUGUGAAUUCGAUGAUGGAGGUGGUGGAUAAGGCGACGGUGGAGAGUAUGGGGGGUGCGUUUGUUAGUCAUCAUGGGGAUAAGAACUGGUUGUGA